AUGGAAGAUGAAGACGGUUAUAUGGUACUAAGCCUCAGGCCAAAUAAGAAAACUUCUAAUUAUUCACCUGAUAAAAGGAUGCAAGAUACUUCCAAGACGCUCACUAUGUGCAAAAUCUCACUCGGGAUAAUAGGGACAGCUUGUGUCAUUCUGGGAGUAACUGUGAUUGUGUUGGUCAUCUUUGUUUUGCAGGGCAGGUUUCAGAAAUGUGAAACUACAAGAACUGUGAAUGCGACUGUGAAUCAAACAGAAAGUCUGGCCAGCUUGAAAAGGAUAGAAGACAGCCUCUGUUCCAAACGUAUUGCUGUUCACCUGUGUGAUCCAUUUGAAGAAGGUGCUACAUGUAAACUCUGUCCAACCAACUGGGCAGAACAAAAGGGAAAGUGCUACUGGUUUUCGAAAGAUAAAAAGAACUGGAUGCUGAGCUACAGAGACUGUUCCAGGAAGGUUGCUCAAAUGCUAGUGUUCCAGGACAGGGAAGAGAUGGAGUUCAUUCACAGCAUCCUUCAAGAGAAAUAUCCGGUUUGGAUUGGAGUUAAUAUUACAUCCCCAAGGAAGACCUGGACCUGGGUAGAUGGUUCGGCAUUAAAUCAAACCUUAAUCUCACUACCUCUUCCAGGAAAUGCAGCCAGCUGUGGCAUCAUUAAGGGUGACAAAGUCCGCUCUGAAAUGUGCACUGCUGAAUUCAGGUGGAUUUGUGAAAAGGAAGCCAUUUUGUUCUGA